UGUCGGUGACUCUGUCAACAAAGUGACGCUGAAGCGUGUAAGUGUCUGCACCUGUAAGCGUCCACCUUUACAUACAGCCAUGAAGAUCACCAGUAUUAAAGUAUACAAGGUGGACCUACCGUUGAAAGAGGGGGCGUAUAAAUGGUCGGCAGGAAAGAGUGUGGAGACAUUCGACAGCUCGGUUGUUCAGAUUGACACGGAUGCUGGCAUCUCGGGAUUUGGGGAGGUGUGCCCUUUGGGCCCUUACUACCUCCCAUCCUACGCCAGGGGUGUGAGGACGGGAAUUCAAGAACUGGGACCCCACCUCAUCGGACGAAAUCCUCUUGAAAUCGGGGCACUGAACACCGUAAUGGACUACCACUUAAAGGGGCAUCCCUACGUGAAGUCACCCAUAGACAUGGCGUGUUGGGACAUCCUUGGCAAGGUCACCAAACAGUCUGUUUGUACCCUGUUAGGGGGACGAUACGGGGAGACGGUUGAUCUGUACAGAGCCAUUAGUCAGCUACCCCCAGAACUGAUGAAAGAGAACGUUCUUCAGUAUAAGAAGGAAGGGUAUAAAAAGUUUCAGCUAAAGGUGGGUGGCAAUCCUGACGAGGACAUCGCCAGAAUUCGUACAAUUCGCAAAGCUCUGGAUCCCGGUGACGUUCUGGUCGCAGAUGCCAAUACCGGGUGGUUACCACACGAGGCUAUUCGUAUAGCAAACGCCGUUCAAGACCUGGACGUCUACAUCGAACAGCCGUGCCUGUCGUAUGAUGAAUGUAUGCACGUGCGACAGCACUGCAGCAAGCCAUUUGUUCUGGACGAGAACAUAGAUGACAUAGAUUCCUUGGUUCGUGCGCAUGUUGACAGAGCUGCUGACGUUGUGAAUUUGAAAAUUAGUAAAUUGGGAGGGCUAACGAAAGCAAAGCAGGCUCGUGACCUUUGUGUGACCUUUGGCCUAGCAAUGACCUUGGAGGAUACUUGGGGCAGCGACAUUGUGACAGCAGCUAUUGCACACCUGGCGCAUAGUACACCGGAAAAGUACCGCUUUACAACAACUGAUUUUAACAGCUACAACACAGUGAGCAUUGCUGCGGGAGGGCCCCAAAGGGUGAACGGCACAAUGCAGGCAAGCACCGAGCCCGGACUCGGUAUAACGCCACAUCCGGAAGUACUAGGCAAAGCUAUCGUGACCAUAUGAGUCUGCGUAACCAAGUUCAGUGGUUGAAUGGAUCCAAAAUAUUUCAGCGUUAAGCGUUGGUUUGAGGACAUAUCCCCCGCCAGCCAAAAUCAAGCUAAAAAAAAACUUGAUAUAAUUCUGGUUGUCAUAACGGUUAUAAUGUUAAUAAUAUUAUUAUCAUAUAGGCCUAUGCCUAGUGUUCAUGAGCUUUAUUUGUAUUUAGAUAAAGUGUGGUCAUUUUGCCGAUGUAGGGGUGAAAUUGUUUCUUGCUUUUCUCUUUUACCUCGGUUCGUAUUGUUUUGUACAUGAUCUCAAUGUUUCUGUAUACAGUAU